AUGUGUCCUUCACUGGCUGCUCGAGGUUACUCGACUCCUAACAUGAAAAAACAAGUGACAUUCAUCAAAAGCCAGACGACCCUCAGGCUCCGGCAGGACGAGGAUUUGCCAAGGAGUGCCGGGACGAGUGAAGCAAAAAUGGAUGCCGGCGUGAACGUCAACAAUGGUUUGAAGAUCCACAGACCAGCGAGAUGUGAAGCACAACAUGUGACGACCGUAGAAAUCCCCAAAACCAUGACGGCAGCCCCAUUUCUGAAGCACGCAGCGCUCACACCAGCUCAGAAGGAGUAUCUGUACACCGUCGCCGCCGCCUACAGCGCCGCACACGUCCGUCAGCUCAUCACCCAACACUACAUGAACGUGCUGCACAGUGACUGA